ACUUCAUUGUCACCGUAGUCUUUUCAUUCUUGUGGUUGGUGGGUUCAUCUGCUUGGGCGAAAGGACUGUCUGAUGUCAAAGUUGCAACAGAUCCCAAGGAAGUUUUGUUACUGAUGUCAGCUUGCAAACAGCCAUCCAACAAAUGUAUGGCUGUCCAUAGCCCCGUCAUGUCCAGCUUGAAUACGUCUGUGGUCUUUGGGUUCUUGAACUUUAUCCUCUGGGCUGGAAACAUAUGGUUUGUUUUCAAGGAGACUGGCUGGCAUUCCUCAGGACAGAGGUAUCUUUCGGACCCAAUGGAGAAGCACUCAAGCAGCUAUAAUCAAGGCGGGUACAACCAAGAUAGCUAUGGAUCAAGUGGUGGGUAUAGCCAGCAGGCAAGUUUGGAGCCAUCCUCUGAUGAGUUUGGCCAACAGCCUACUGGCCCCACUUCCUUUACGAAUCAGAUUUAAUACAAUAGCAUUUGCAGUCUUCUGGUUAUUGCCUUGCCACUUUCCAUUCCAGUGGUAGAAGAAUUUUUAAGAGUUUCAAUCAAUUAUUAAUGCAGAGAAUGUUGAAUAUAAAUCAGAGGUCUAUAGUCCUCAUUAAAGCAGAAAGGCCUGGGUCGUGAUAAAUGGUACUUAGAGAUGAGAUGACAUGUGGAGAUGUAUUAUUUAUCACAGAUGGCUAAUUGGAGAGUACCUUGCUAUAUACAUAGAUACUUUUAUGGUCAUUUUGUAUGUGUAUUGAGAUAGUAGAAGCAUUUUGUAGCUUAAAGUCUCUAGUAUGUAAUAUGCAUAAAGUAAGUUGGAAAGCAUUGAGUUUUCCUAUGCAUUUUGAUGCAAAAGACAUUUUAAUGAUUCCUAGAAGACAAUUUGGUGUAUCACAGCAUGCAUGUAUUAUUUUUUAGUUUUA